GACUUUUGUAUUCAUUUAAGGUUAUGUUUCUAGGUAUUCUUGGGUUAUGUGUAGUGUUUGAAAACAGACUCUGAAUAAUUUGAUCGUGAAAUAGAGAAAAUCGUGUAGUGUGCCGCGCCGAAGGAACUUCUAAAAUGCCUCUUCCUCCAGCUUUAGCUGCGAAGUUAUCCAAACGUGGUCUCAUAAAUCCAACCAAACAAAAACCAGUUGAACCAGUGAAGAAACAAGAUUUUAAGGGUUUAUCUACUUGUCCCAAUAAAUCUAAUAUUUACCAUGAAUGUAACUAUUGGUGUGAAACACACUGGAAAGGAAUACAAACACCUGACCCCAAAUACUUCAGAAAUAUGCAAAAGCUGUUGGGUAAAUACCCUCUUCCAAUGAAUUGGACAGAAAUAUUUGACAAGGGAUCGGGGCGAUAUUAUUACUGGAAUAUGGAAAACGAUCUGGUUUCCUGGCUUCCCCCUAAGCACCCCAAAUCUAUAAAGUGCCAAAGUGCGGCAAAACUGCGAGAAAAUCGACUUAAAAUGAAGGAAAGAGAAGAACGCUUGGAAAAAGAGAAAGAGAAUGAAAAGCUCAAAGAAAGAGAGAGAGACCGCGAUCGUGACAGAGAUCGUGAUUCAGAUGACGAAGACCGCAGCCAUCGAAAAUACUCUGAUAGAAGGGACCGAGAAAGGGAGAGAGAUGAGAGAAGGCACAGGAGAGACGAAAAACAUCGAAGGGGGAAAACUAGAAAGGACGAGAUAGAUCCAAUGGAUCCUGCAGCAUAUUCCGAUAUUCCUCAGGGGAGCUGGAGUGAUGGAUUAGAGUCAAACAAAACAAGAGCUGAUAAUACAGCCUCGGGGGUGUUGUUUCAACAGAGACCAUAUCCAACUCCUGGAGAAGUAUUGGCAGCUAAUAAAGAGAAAGAAAAGCCGAAAAAAUGAUUUGUGUUGUUCAGAUUUUACUAUCCAGUUCUUCAUGUCAGUCUUGUUAGUUUUGUACUAUCAACAAAAGGAAUGUUAUUGAAUAUUGAAAUAAAUGGGCUGAGAUGUUGUGGGAAUGUUAUAUAGUCUAACAAUCUGUAAUAAUUCCUGUACAUAAUUAUUGUAAUUUUAAUUUCCGAGAUGAGGAUUGAUAUACAUAUUAAUUCAAU